CUGUGGACUGGGGGGAUGAACUCCAACGGGAGGACAUUCAGGCCUUGGAGGAAAUGAGAGCUUGGCCAACAGGAGGGCCUGGACUCACGAAGACACUUGGACACCCACAAGCACAGAGACAUGGGUGUGUGACAGCUGACCAAGCGGUAUGCAGGUAUGUAUGCGUGGUGCACACAGACACCCUGGGCACAGCCCACUGGCACCAGCGUCAACCCCUGUGUGGUGGCCUGCAUCCCACCCUUCAGGCAGGCCCUGUGGGGCAGGUUUCAGGGAGGAAGGAGGCUGAGUGGGCAGAGUCUGAGGACACGGCCACCAUCGCUCCCUGGCACUGCAUCUGUGUCCGGGAUCUAGGAGGCAGUCCUCCAUCACUGAGCCCCAAGAUGACUGUCACACCUUGGUCUAAAGCAGAGGCCGGGCCUGAGCCCUGGCCCCUGCCUUGGAGGAGCUCACAGAGCCUCCAGCUGGGGCAUAUCUGGUUUCCAGGGGCAGGGGCGAUACCCAGAGGAGGAAGAAGGGAUUCUGAGAGAGCCCGGCAGGCUCCGAGCCUCAGGCUGGAGCUGAGCUUGGGGCAGCAAGGAAGGACCAGGUGCGAGGGCACAGCCAUGCGGCCCGACCCCUGCCGCACGGCCUGUGGCCUCCGCCAGCUCCUGCCCGUGCUUCUGGGUCAGUCUGGACUUUGCCACUUCUGA